UGUAGCAGAUCAGAUGAUUCAGAUCAAUCCCCCUUUCACUUUCUAUUUCUUGCACCAGUAAUUUUUAGUUCUUGAACAGAUCAUUCGGAAUGUUAAUGCCUAAGGCAUUGAAAUAGCCCUUUUUUGUGCUGCAUUUGAACAUUUCAUGCGUUGGUUUGCAAUGAACAUGCAUGUGGCUAAGGAAGAAUCUGCAUUUCUUUAAAUUGUUGUGCAAUUGUAAAAUUCUCUCUAGAGAUCCAAUCCAGUUUUUGAAACACCUAUAUAUGGAAAUGUAACAAUUAGGCUACGUUAAUGUGCACAAUUGAUGGAUCGUGCCGAAGCAAUAGAAGGAGAAUUGCAGCCAACUUCUCCUAGCUGGACGAUCGACGUUUCAGAUUCAAAUGUUAGGACGAUUAAGGUCAGCAAUGUCUCGCUACAUGUGUCCGAACGCAAUAUAUUUGACUUCUUUACCUUUUCUGGGAGCAUAGUUUAUAUUGAGAUGCAGAGGGAAAGUAAAGCAACUCAGGUUGCUUAUAUCACCUUCAUGGAUUCUCAGGGAGCAAGCAGAGCUGCAAUUUUGAAUGGAUCCAAGUUAGCUGAUCUCUAUGUGUCAAUAACGCUGAUUAAGAAUUAUCAACUGCCUCCAGAUGCUGCUUCCCUCACAUCACCGCCCAAGUCGAGUGCUGUGAAGAAGGCUGAGGAUGUGGUGAGCACCAUGCUAGCUAGGGGCUUUGUCUUGGGAAAGGAUAGUCUCAAAAGGGCAAAGUCAUUUGACGGGAAGCACAAAUUGACAGUACACGCCUUGGCUACCGUUGCUUCCCUAGACCGAAGUUUUGAGCUGAGCAAGAAGCUAAGAGUGGGCACAGCUGUAGCAAACGAGAUGGUGAGAGAAAUGGAUGAGCUGUUUCAAGUAUCAGAUAUUACAAAGUUCGCUUAUUCAGCUGUUGAGGUUACCGCCAGCAGUGCAGGAUCUGUCAUCAAGGGCAAUAGCUAUGUCUUGACCGGAGCUUCGUGGGUCACUAAUGCAUACAUAGCCAUCACAAAGGCGGUCGAGGAUGUAGGGGUGAUGACAAUGCAGAAGGUGGAGAGCGUUGAGGAGGAGGAGGAGAAGAGGAAGAGCCUAGGGAAAGAGGGCGAUGCAAUAUAUUCCCAAUUCAUCAACGCCAGUCGUUACAACUCGUCACCAGCUCUUCCGGUCAGUUCAGCUGAUGUGAGUAGCAAGCAUCUAUAGUUAGUUUGAGUUUUCCAGAACAAAAAUUGAAGAUUGCGUGAUUACAUACCUACCAAAACAAUGACAGCGUGUUAAAUGUACUGCAAUUACAUUUGGUAACUGGUAA